AUGUCUGCCCAACAAAAUAUUCCUCCUAAAUGGGAUUGGAUCCCUUGCAAUUAUAACCUAAAGACUGAAGUCAAAAAGAAGGUAGUUGUCUGGAAUUUAUAACCUGCUAUUGUUCUCACAAAUCCUAAUGAAGAAGGUCCUGAUCCUCAUGUUAAACUUUAUAUCGACACAGAAAAAUCACUUCAAUACACUGAUGAGCUUGGUUGGAACUGGCACAAAAGUUGGAAUCUACCCAACAUUUCUGUCCGUCUUGAGAUUAAAGACGCACAAACAAACGAGUCACUCCUUUCUCCUAAAAAUCUUUAUGCUCAUAUUUUUGCUGUUAAAGCUGUAAUUGAUCAACCUGAUAACUUCCACUUAGUUGAUGUUGGUAUUAGAGGUACAAGCAAGUUAGAAUUAGUUAACGGCUAGGCCUUCUUCUAAGCCAUCAAAUUCUUUUCUACUUCUUAUAACAAUGAAGGUGUUAAGUUCCACUUAGUCUUAUGCAUUUACAUUAUGAACGAAGAUGAUGAUGUACCCAAAAUUCUUAACGCAACUAUUUCACCUCCUAUUUUCGUUGACUCCAGAAAGUCUGCUAGAGACUCUUAAAUUAUGCUUGAAAAGAAAAUGAGUUCUUUUGUUGAACCCUUCCUUCCAGAAAAUUUAGACAGAGCCUUCAUCAAGAGAGAAAACAAAAAGAAAAAUGAUACCGAAAUAAAAAUCUUUAAUACUUUAGAUGGCUUAUUUAAUUACUUAACUGCUCCAAAUAUUCGUCAUAAGGUUAAACAUCCUUUGUUUUUAGCUCUCAAGUUCUCAUACUGUGUCAAGCUUUUCUACAACAAUUAAAUCUUGCAACAAAAUAAGAAUGAGCAACUCCUAGAACAAUUACAAAAAAAAUUGACAAAAGAACAUUGUUCUAAUAAGCCAGUAAAUUCUACAGGCAGCACAUUAGAUGAUAAAUUCUUCAUUUUGUAUGUUGAAGAGUCUCCUGAUAACUUCAAGCAUAAGAAAAUUAACGAAGCUAUUGAAUCCCUUGCUUGUCCUUCUCUUGGAAUUAUUUUCAGCUUAAACCGCUUACCUCCUAUCUUUGACGAUAUUACUGGUGGUACUUAAGAAGGAGUCAAUGAAAUGAUUUCUACUUACAGAAAAUGCUACAGCAACUUACUCGCAGCUGCUAAGAUGAUUCGCUCUAGUGAAGCUGAUGAUGAUGAUGAUGGUGAAAGUAUUAGUGAAGAUGACGGAGAGCAAGAGAGCUACUCUGAUGAUGAAGGCCCUUCUUCUCAACCAGUCAAGAAGAUUAAACCAAAUCCUCCCGCAAGAGAAACCAAGUACAACAAGAGAUAACCUAACAAUGAAUCUGAAGAUGAAAGCGAAGAAGAUAAUGCUUACUAAGAGAAACCUGCUCCCAAAACAAAUAAACCUUAGCAAUAAUUCAACACUAAAGUUGAAAAUGUUAAAGACAUGAACGGACCUGAAGAUAAUAACUGGAAUGCAAAUUCAAAUAUUCAAACCACUGCUUAAUAACCUCAAAUUAUUAAUAACACUUAAAAGGUUGCAAACAAUCAAGCUGGUAUGGUUUAAUCUUAGCCUUAGGCAGCUCAAGUUUAAUAGCAAGGAUAGUAAAUGGGUCAAAAUGUAAUUUAAGGUGGUGAAGUCACUCAAACAUCUCAAGGCUAAUUUGCUUAGGGCUAAUCUGGUCAAUCUGCUAUGAACCAACAAAUGAUGAAAACUGCUGGAAUGGUUUAAAAUCCUUAAAUGGGAUUCAAUGGUUAACCAGGAACUCCUUAAGCUGGCAUGCCUUAAUAAUAAUAAAUGAUGAUGCCAAACAUGGUUUUCCCUGGUCCAAACAUGGCUAUGAAUCCUGGAAUGGGUAGCAUGAUAAUGAUGCCAAUGGGAGGUUUCCCUAUGGGUGGUAUGCCAGGUAUGGUUAUGCAAUAAUAAUUCCCUCCAUAAAUGUAAUUCGGUUAACCUUUUGUUAUGUAGGGUCAAAAUCCUUAGGAAGUUCCUUAAAUGAUGAUGGGAAAUCCUAUGGGCUAUCCAGCAAUGUGGGGAAAUCCUCAAGGCUAAUAACAAGGUGCAAAUCCUUAAGGAGCUCCUUUCAACACUAUGAUGAUGGGAAUGAGCCAAGGUCCUCAAGGUAUAAUAAUUAUCUAUCAAUUAAAAUAUAUUAAUUUAAUUAACUAAUUAUAAAGGAAAUCCAUAAUGAAGAACUCUCUAUUUUACUGCCUUACUCUUUAAUAAAUUGCUGAUAUUUCAAACAUAUAAUUCAAUAUAAAUAAAUCUUUUAAUUUAAAAUAAAUAUAAAUAAAUAAUAAUUAUUAAUUUUGCACUAAUCCAUAAAUAAAUAUAUAAAGUAUCUAUUUACCUAUCAAUCAAUCUCUUAAAUUGCAUUCUAAUUCAAAAAUAUUUCUUCUUAAUUAUUUAUUUAUUGAUUAAUUAUUUCUCAAAAUCUUAAAUAUUUUCAAAAAAACCAAAUGA